AUGGAAUCUGUAGACCAUAAGGUAGAGUCUCUACUAAGCGCUGUAACUCUCUCUGUGCCACCUUUUUGGGACAUGGAUUUUGUUUUGUGGUUCGCUCAUCUUGAGGCCGAGUUUUAUAACCACAGAAUCACUUCCGACUAUGCGAAGUACUGCAAGCUCCUGUCCUAUCUCCCCAAGGAGAUAUCAAUGCAGGUUCGUGACGUCAUCAUUUCUCAGACCGAAAACCGCUAUGAGGCUCUCAAGGAAGCCACGAUUAAGCGUGUUAUGCCCUCUGAGAAAGUUCGCCUGCAGCAGCUUUUCAGGGAUCUGCAGCUGGGCGACAAACUGCCCUCAACCCUGCUACGGGAGAUGCAGCAACUCCUUGGUUCCUCAACCAUGGAUGAGACUUUACUUCGCGAACUAUGGCUACAACGGCUACCGGAAAACACGCAAGCGAUUCUCGCUACAGUGAGCUCCGUUUCGCUCACUCAACUAGCAGACUUAGCCGAUCGAGUUAUUGAACGAGCACAGCCACAAGCCAACGCCAGCGAGGUCCAUGCCGUCGCGUCCCAGGGCACUUCUAUCACUGGCUUACAGUCAACUAUAGAAGCCCUCCAAACACAAGUUGCGACACUUAGUCGCCAGGUGCAACAGCUUACUAUGAACCCUCGUCGUCCUAGCCGCUCAACAUCGCCCUGCAAACGUUCUAAGUCUAGAAACAGGCAGGCCAGCUGUUGGUACCAUCAACGUUUUGGUACCGCAGCUCGUAAAUGUGUCAAACCUUGCACCUUUGCCGAGAAGCAGGGAAACUGCCCGGCCGUCGACACUGGUGCAGAAGUUAGCGUCAUACCCCGUAGCUCAGAUGAGGUCGUCUCGCCAUCGCCGACCAAGCUGCGUGCCGCCAAUGGCACACCAAUCGCAACUUUCGGCGAAAAGCUGCUAACGCUCAACUUAGGCCUCCGGCGAACCUUUCGCUGGCCUUUCAUAAUCGCUGCUGUGCCUUUCGCCAUCAUAGGCAUAGACUUUCUUCAACGCUUCGACCUCAUCGUCGACGCUAAAAGGAAGAAGCUUAUCGACUCCAGGACACAGCUCAGUAUUAUCGGGACUAGCGCCAACGUGGCUGCUAUCACUCCCAUUCGUGUCCUACCUCAAGCUUCACAGCCUUUUCUAGAGCUUUUCAGCAAGCACCCUAAACUCGUUCGCGUCCUGAACGACUUGCCUCCUGUGACGUCAAACGUCACGCAUCACAUCUGCACUAAGGGCCCACCUGUUUCGGCCCGCCCUCGCCGACUAGCCCCGGACAAGCUCAAAGCUGCUAAGGCGGAAUUCGAGCAAAUGCUCGAACUGGGAAUCAUCCGCCCGUCCAAAAGUCCAUGGGCAUCACCAUUACACAUGGUGCCGAAGAAAUCCGGUGCCUGGCGCCCCUGUGGUGACUACAGGGCACUUAACAAAGUUACCGUCCCGGAUAAAUACCCUAUCCCGCACAUGCACGACUUGACCUCAGCUCUAGCUGGCAAGUCUAUCUUCAGCAAAGUCGACUUAGUUCGUGCCUACCACCAGAUACCUGUCGCGCCAGACGACAUUGCUAAAACAGCAGUCAUCACGCCAUUCGGCCUAUUCGAGUACCUCAGAAUGCCUUUCGGCCUCAGCAACGCUGCCCAAACUUUUCAGCGUUUCAUUCAUGAGGUAACGCGAGGACUCGAAGGCGUUUAUCCUUAUUUAGAUGACAUUCUCAUCGCCAGCUCUUCUGACGAGGAGCAUCUUCGUCACCUCGACGCACUCUUCCAACGCUUGACGCAGCAUGGGGUUACCGUCAACCCCGAUAAAUGCGAGCUUGGCCAAAGCUCCAUCGACUUUCUUGGCCACCGCAUAUCUGCCUCUGGUAUCGAAGCCCUGCCAGACAAAAUCCAGGCACUGAAGGACUAUCCUGCUCCCAGUUCCUUCAAGCAGUUACGCCGAUUCCUUGGCCUGGUCAACUAUUAUAGACGCUUUAUACCUAACUGCGCGAGCAUUGUUCAACCAAUGACUGACUUGCUCCGCGGUAAACAACGGUCUUUUCACUUUACAGACGACGCUAAAUUGUCUUUCGAGAAGCUCAAAGACGCUAUCUCCAACAUAGCGCUUCUCGCCCAUCCAGACACGUCUGCAUCACUCUCUCUGACAACUGACGCAUCAGACACUGCCGUCGGUGCAGUUCUUCAGCAACUCAUCGACCAUCGAUGGAUACCUCUAGGUUUCUUCUCAAAGCGCUUACAACCUGCCGAAUCGCGAUACAGCACCUUCGGUAGGGAACUGUUAGCUAUCUACCUAGGUAUCCGACAUUUCCGUCACUACCUCGAAGGUCGACAGUUUACAGUCUUCACCGACCACAAGCCAUUGAUCUACGCAAUCAAUGGCGCAACGGACAAGUAUUCACCGCGGGAAACUAGACACCUAGACUACGUUUCUCAGUUUACGACAGACGUACGUCAUGUCUCAGGUGCUCUCAAUCCCGUCGCGGAUGCGCUUUCACGCAUUCAGCAGAUCAGCUUAUCGCCUGGCACCAACAUUGAUCUAGCCGCUAUGGCUGCUGCCCAACAAGCUGAUCCCGACACAGACAAACUACGACGCAACACCUCGUUAAAACUACGUGAAGUCCCACUAGCUUCAUCUGAGGGGACCAUUCUUUGUGACGUCUCACAAACUUCUCCCCGACCCGUAGUUCCUACCUCAAUGCGUCGACUAGUUUUCAAUGCUUUACACAACCUGUCUCAUCCCGGCAUACGUGCUUCGCAGAAGCUCGUAACGGAACGCUUCAUAUGGCCCAACGUCAAUCGCGAUGUCCGCCUUUGGGCACGCGCAUGCUUAGAGUGUCAGCGCGCCAAGGUCUACAGACACACCAAAAGCCCACUUGGCGUCUUUCCCGCUCCUGACGCUCGUUUUGCACACGUCCAUGUCGACCUGGUCGGACCUUUGCCUCCAUGCAAAGGCUACGUGUACCUACUCACCUGUGUCGACCGAUUCACUCGUUGGCCAGAGGCGAUUCCGUUAGUCAACUGCUCAUCUGAGACAGUUGCACAAGCUUUCUUAGAACGCUGGGUAGCUCAGUUCGGUUGCCCAAGCGUAGUCAUCACUGACAGAGGAUCACACUUUGACGGAUCCUUCAGCAAAUUGCUCAACGUUCUUGGUUGCCAACAUAAUCGAACCACCGCAUACCAUCCCGCAGCUAAUGGGAUGGUAGAAAGGUUCCACCGGCAACUCAAAGCCUCACUCUGUGCCCAAUCUAGCACAUCCUGGCACGAAGCACUUCCGCUCGUUCUCUUAGGCAUAAGAAACACGAUUAAAGCGGAUUUGCACGCCACUCCAUCGUCGCUAGUCUUUGGAUGCGCACAACGCUUACCUGGUGAACUCGUCUCACCAAAAGCGCCAACAACUUUCGACUAUGGCGACUACGCAGCUCGCCUAUCUCAUCACAUGCGACAGCUUCAGCCUGUGCAACCCAGAGCACAGAGCUUGCGUACAAACGUGGACGAACGGUUAACUACUUGCACGCACGUGUUCGUUCGCACUGACAGCGUACGCCGACCACUUCAUCCUCCUUACUCUGGUCCGUACCGUGUCGUACGCAGAAGCGACAAAACGUUUACCAUUGACUACAAUGGUAAGACUGAGACGGUCAACGUCGAUCGACUCAAGCCAGCAUACCUUGACAAGUCUGACUCGCCGGUGCAACAAGCACCUUCACAGCCCGUGCCAUCACAGCCGGCACCGCAAACGCAGACGAGUCAGCCCGCUCCAGCAGAACCGACAAACACAACCGACAGCACUCCUACCCGCCCUACCCUCAAUCGACGCGGUAGGAAACUCAAGCCUCCAGUUCGUUUUUCAGACUUUGUCAGCACUUACUAUUUUACGUAG